CAUUUCUGGUGGUCCAGUCUGGUCAAAGACACCCGGGAAUUUGUCCAAGGCUGCGCCGUCUGCGCCCACCGGAAGGCUUCACACCUGCCUCCAACUGGUCUGCCGCGCUCCUUACCCAUCCCGGGCCGCCCCUGGUCCCACAUCGCGUUAGACUUCAUCACCGGCCUGCCCCCUUCUGAAGGUAACAUUAUCAUUUUCACUAGUCGAUCGUUUUUCUAAAUAUGUCCAUUACAUACCCCUUCCCAAGUUACCCUCUACUUUUGAAACUGCUAACCUCCUUGUUCAUCAUGUUUUCAAACGCCACGGUAUCCCCAUCGACAUUGUCUCGCACCGAGGCCCCCAGUUCUCCCUGGUCUGGAAAUAAUUUUGUAAAGCAGUGGGCACAGUAGCCAGCUUGUCUUCAGGGUACCAUCCAAAGACCAACAGCCAGACGGAGCGGGUGAAUCAAUCCCUGGCGUCACCCCUUCGCUGCGUUGCCACACGCAACCCCACUUCCUGGAGCUCAUUCCUUCCAUGGGUCGAAUACACCCACAACUCCCUCACCAGCUCCGCCACCGGUACGUCUCCGUUCAUGGCCUACUACAGGUUCCAAACUCAGUUAAGGAACAGGAGCAUGCGGUGGCGGUUCCUGCAGUAAGGGAUCACCUGAGAAGGGUCAAGUCUGUGUGGAAGGACGUCAGGACGGCCUUAGUUCGAUCGGCGGAGAGGAAUAAACGGCUCGCAGGCCUUCGUCGUUCCCCUGCACCUGAGUACAAGGUGUCAUUGCUUAAGCCUGUCUCCAUCCUCGAUGUGAGGCCCAGGGGGAGGGGUUACCAGUACCGGGUGGACUGGGAGGCGUAUGGUCCGGAGGAGCGUUCCUGGAUUUUCAGGAAGCUUAUCCUUGACGACUCCCUGCUAUCAGACUUUUAUGCGGCUCACCCGGGGGAAGCCUGGGAGGACACCGGGAGGCGUCCGUUAAGAGGGGAGUACCGUCAUGAGCCAUCCUGCAGUACUACGGUUGGAGCCUGGGUGGCACUUUGCGCCAUCUCAUCCUCUCUCUCUCCCCUCCCCUCUCUCUCUUUCCAGCACCUUUUUUGGCCACGCAGCUGUCACCAAUCAGCCCUUGUUACCACCUGCAGAAAAGCCUGACCAGAUCCCAGAAACUCACGCCAGACUAUUGCAGCUUCUACAGCGCGUAUCCUUAGUGUCCCUCGCCAAGUGGAUCUCUGCCACCUCGCCGUCAAGCCACCCACCCGUCCGCAUCACUGCCUGCCACGUAUUCUCUGCCUUAACAACCCGCCAGCGCAUCCCUUUCAAUGAACUGUUCAUUACUACCUCUCAGCCUCCACCUGCUCUUGGGUCCAGUCUCCAUCCGAUCGUGACAGUGAUCCCCCUAUAGUUGGAACACACCCUCCGCUCCCUCUUCUUAAAAUGGGGGACCACUGGUCUGCCAAUCCAGAGGCACUCUCCCCGAUGUCCACACGAUGUUGCAGAGGCGUGUCAACCAAGACAGCCCCACAACAUCCAGAGCCUUCAGGAACUCAGGGCGGAUCUCAUCCACCCCGAUGUCCUUUCACCAAUGAGCUUUUUAAGCAUCUCUGUGACCUCAACCACAGAGAUAGAAAAACCCAGAGUCCCCAUGGAAAGGCAUGUCGGUGGAAUUGAGGUCUUGAAGUCGAUGAUCGAGCUGCGGCCUAGGGGUGUCCUGGUGCCAAGUGGACACGUGGACACCCUUAUGUCUGAACACGGUGUUUGUUAUGGACAAUCCAUGAUGAGCACAGAAGUUCAAUAACAGAACACCACUGUACCGGUUUUGAAAUAUUUUAUAAACAUGUCAUAAGGGUUCCCUGAUUGUAAAGUGCACUUCGUAAGGGUUACAUGACUGUAAAGAGGUAACCAAAUUGAUUACAAUACAUUUUAUGAUGUGUCAGAGCUUUAGGGUACAGGACAACAUUACUAUUUUAAUCAUUAUUAAGUGUUCAUCAUCCUGACAAUACCGUUUGUAGAUUUUGUGUUUGCAAAGGUUAGACCACAUAAAUUAAUCACUAUUACACAUAUAGCCCACUUACUGUACAU